AUGUCAAACUUGAAGUUCUUCGCUCGCCUCAAGGCUGCCUUUCGUAAGAAGAAGACCAGCACCGUUCAAAUUCCCGAUGAAACGCCUCAGAUUACCCUCGUGGUUCAGCUGCCGCCGCCUCAUCCCAAGUCGGUUGUCUCUAUCCACGAGGUAAUUGCUUAUGCGUUAGCGCGGCUCGAAUUGACAUCGAUUAACGACUUGCUCGGACCACAGGCGACGAUGAGUGAUGCGGAGGGCGCGUACCUCGGCUACCUCUUCGACGCUGCACACUCUCCUCAGGUUCUCUCUAUCAAGCACUCUCUGCGACUUGAUGUGGCACCUGAAUACCACAAGCAAAUUCGCAGUUCUGUUUGCUUUUCUGUGGCUGAGGCGGCGGAUGCGGUCAAGGCCGCCCCUACUCGACCCGCUGCCGAGCUUCAGCCCACUGUCGAACUUACGGUCGUCAAUGGACCACUGGCAGAGGCCUCAGUCCCUCCAAUGCGAACCUCACUGGUUCCCUCCGACGUCGUCCUUCCUGCGAAGCCCGCUCUCGCUAUCAAGGACUUUGCCAUCACGUGUACCAUCACAUCCGGCUCGUGGGGCUCUGUGGCUGGUUACUGGCACAAGGACACCCGGAUGUGCGUGGUGAUCAAAGCGACAAGCAAGCGCAUGCAUCCCGGAAACCCUUAUCUUCAAGUACUCAAGGAGAAAUCAGCGCUUCUCGCGCUUUCUAGCACGCACGGCAUCUUGGACCUCUUGGCUAGUUUUCACGACAGGGAUUUCUUUUAUCUCGUGACGGUGCACAAUCUCUGCUUGCAGCACUCCAUGAUACAGAUGCUGACGGCUUCCUUUGCCCAGCCCUACUGCGGAGGAGGAGACUUGGGUCUCUUCUUGAAGAAAUACAGCCCCAUGCCCGCGGAGCUGCUGCAUUACUGGGCUGCACAACUUCUCUCUGGUCUCCAGAAGAUCCACUCCCACGGGAUCGUGCACCGCGACCUCAAGCCCGCCAACAUCUUCAUUGCCAAAGCCAAGCUCGUCAUCGGCGACUUCGGCCUUUCUGAGUUCGCUGAGGGUCUCGCGCCGCGCCGCGACCUCUCUGGUACCCUGGCAUACCACGCGCCGGAGGUCUGGGAAGAAGGUGACUAUUCGUUUGCGAGCGAUGUGUGGGCGUACGCCGUUGUGUUGUUUGAGAUGGCUGUGGGCCGGGUGCCUCUAGAUCCUAGCGAGUACGUAUCGCUGGAAGCGGUCAAACACCUCAUCCUUACGGGCACUCUGGAUGAAUGGCUCAGCGGUGAUGAAAUCGCUGCCUCACUUCACUCUCUGCUCAACUCGAUCUUCAAGUCGGGCAAAGCGCGGCGGCUUGUUGUCUCGAAAUUCAGACAACACAAGUACUUUGAGAAUAUCGACUGGGUCGCAAUGGACGGCGGAGAACUCGAGAAUCCACUCGCGGACGAAUUUGAGGACGAGCACAAUGGUCCUUUCGCGCUGGAGGUUCACGAUACGACUGACAAUGAUGCACAUCCCUUGGCUUCGCGCGAGUCAUAUCCAGAUUUCGCCUUCAUUUCCGGCCUUCUGGCUCCUACAACUCUCGCCUCUCCCCCCACGGGGACCUUCUCCUAUGUGCCUACACUCGACUUCGUCGAUGACUCUCUUCCUUCUCCUUUUACAGCUUACUACAUGCCAUCACCCGCUACACCUGCACACAGCCUUCAUGCGGUUCCCUCAUGGGACGACACCUUUAUGCACCCUCCCGGCGUGUUCAGCCGCUCCUCCUCCUCAUAUGUCGUCUACGACACUAUGGUCGAAGACAUUCCAUCACACACAAUGACCACCUCAGACUCUUGGGACGACUCUUUCCUCCACUCCCCUCGCACACCAUCCCCCGCAUCUUACUACCCAACAGCCAAGCCCGCCGCAGUCCCCGCUUCGGGUGCCGUCCUGGCCCCAGUCGAGUCCUGGGACGACGCCUUCCUGCGCUCCGCAGGUGUCUUCAGUCGCUCGCCUCGCUCUCCCUUCCCUCCUCUCACCGCACCUCAUUCAACCUAUCUGUCUGCUCGUCCUCUCCUGUGUUAG